ACGCACACACACUGCAUCAGUUGAGCGGCACUUCUGCUUUCUAGUUCGCGCUCGCGGUACUGAGCAAUCAAGUCACGGGGCGAUUGGCUGCUGCAGCGCAGAGGGGCGGGACUGGGGAGGAGGAAAGACGUUGCCGCGGUUAAGCAAAGCUCUCCUUUUUGGAGAGAGGUAGAGAGGAAUGCCCCAUUCUUUGCUCGGAAGAGUAACCGGAACGCGUUCCGGAGGCCUCCCAGUCGAGCCCUCUGCUUGCUUAAGGCGCCAAACGACCUGCGAUGUGGCCCCUUCGAAGGUUUCCGUUUCCAGCAGCUGGAACGACUCAGUCCAUAAUGCUGAGACUCCUCAGUGCAGAAGCUGCAGCGCCCACCUUCUUACCUGCCAUGUUUGCCUCUUAAAGUAGGGCUUAGUUGGGAAUCGUCAGGCCAGGGUCAGGAUUCAGCCGUGGGGGGUGUGAGGAGCAGCAGCAGCACUUCGGAACAUAUACAAAAGCGCCUUUCCCUCAACAUGGGAGUCACAUUCAGCAACGGAGAGCAGAACUCCUGUGCCUUUAAACGUUACGGAGAAACGGGGAUUUGGACAGGUGUAGCUUUUAAGCCGCACCUGUCAAAAUUAUCUUGUUUUCAUAACAAAGGUUCACCAUGCUUCUAAAUACUGAACAAAUAAACCUAACUGGACAAGUAUUUGAGUCGUAUAUUUUGGAACACCACAAAAAUGAUCUCUUGCAGAUUUUAAGAGAAAAAGAUGAUGAUGCUCAUUACCCAGUCAUUGUUGAUGCUCUGACACUUUUUGAGACCAACAUGGAAAUUGGUGAAUAUUUUCAUGCAUUUCCCAAUGAAGUACUCCCCAUUUUUGACAAUGCAAUUCGCAGGACAGCCAUAACAAUUUUUCAGUCUGUUUCUCAAGCUCAUGACUUCACCAUUAAGCAGAAUCUUCAUGCCAGAAUUACCGGCUUACCUGUUUGCCCGGAGCUAACGAGAGAACACAUCCCCAAAACCAGAGAUGUAGGACACUUCCUGUCAGUCACUGGGACUGUUAUUCGUACAAGCCUUGUGAAGGUUCUGGAGUUUGAGCGGGAUUACAUGUGCAACAAGUGCAAGCACGUGUUUGUGGUCAAGGCUGAUUUUGAACAGUACUAUGCUUUCUGCCGGCCAUCAGCCUGCCCUAGUCAAGAAGGCUGCAACUCAUCUAAGUUCACUUGUCUCUCUGGAACAUCCCAUGCUCCCAACUGUUGCAGAGACUACCAAGAAAUCAAGAUUCAAGAGCAGGUUCAGAGACUGUCUGUUGGAAGUAUUCCUCGUUCUAUGAUGGUUGUCCUUGAAGACGACUUAGUUGACAGUUGCAAAUCUGGUGAUGACAUCACAGUUUAUGGAGUAGUAAUGCAGAGGUGGAAAUCUUUUCACCCAGAUGCACGCUGUAAUGUAGAGAUUGUCUUGAAGGCCAAUUACAUUCAAGUCAACAACGAGCAGAUGACAGGAGUUAUAAUUGAUGAGGAGGUCCGCAAGGAAUUUGAAGAGUUUUGGGGAAAAUACAGAAGUGAUCCCUUAGCAGGGAGGAAUGAAAUUUUAGCAAGCUUGUGCCCUCAGAUUUUCGGGUUAUAUCUUGUGAAGCUGGCUGUAGCCAUGGUGCUCGCAGGAGGUGUGCAGAGGACAGAUGCUGCAGGCACUCGCAUUAGAGGUGAAUCACAUCUUUUAUUGGUUGGAGACCCUGGAACAGGAAAAUCUCAGUUUCUAAAAUAUGCAGUAAAGAUUACUCCACGAUCUGUACUGACAGCAGGAAUUGGAUCUACAAGUGCAGGUUUGACAGUGACUGCUGUGAAGGAUUCUGGAGAAUGGAAUUUGGAGGCUGGAGCACUGGUGCUGGCUGAUGGAGGCCUUUGCUGUAUUGAUGAGUUUAACAGCAUCAAGGAACAUGACAGAACCAGUAUCCACGAGGCAAUGGAGCAACAAACGAUCAGUGUGGCCAAGGCAGGUUUAGUGUGCAAGCUGAACACAAGGGCUACUAUACUGGCAGCAACCAAUCCAAAGGGCCAGUAUGACCCUAAUGAAUCGGUCUCUGUGAACAUUGCCCUUGGCAGUCCUCUGCUUAGCAGAUUUGACCUUGUCUUGGUAUUGCUGGAUACAAGAAAUGAAGAAUGGGAUCGUAUAAUUUCUUCUUUCAUACUGGAAAAUAAAAGCUGCCCAGGCAUUUCUGAAAAACACUGGACCAUGGAAAAAAUGAAGACAUACUUCUGCUUAAUAAAGAGCCUACAGCCAACAUUGACUGAAGCAAGCAACCUGAUCCUUGUCCGUUAUUACCAGAUGCAACGACAAAGUGAUUGCAGGAAUGCUGCCCGAACAACCAUCCGCUUAUUAGAGAGUUUAAUACGAUUAGCAGAAGCACAUGCUCGGUUGAUGUUUAGAGACACUGUGACUGUGGAAGAUGCAAUCACUGUGGUUUCAGUGAUGGAAUCUUCAAUGCAAGGAGGUGCCCUUCUUGGAGGCGUCAAUGCACUGCACACUUCAUUUCCUGAAAAUCCAGUGGAGCAGUAUAGAAUGCAGUGUGAACUGAUCCUGGAGAAGCUAGAGCUUCCAGACCUUCUGCAUGAAGAACUCAGAAGACUUGACAGACUACGGAAUGAACAUUCAUGUCAGUUUCCACAGUCCAAAGAGACAAGCAGAAAUACUACUGAAGGAUGUUCAAGUGAUCACAUCUUUGGGAAAUCAGAGCAAAUGCCUCAGCAACAUCCAGGUGAAGGCAAUAAUAUUCAGUUGCAACCUCCCUUGGCCAAAAGAAACCUUGAAGCUGAUACACAUCCAGUAAUCUUAAGCAGCCCAGUAUCAGAUGAUAGCAGAGUAAUGGAACAGCAGAGCAAACAGAGUGUGAACAGCGAUGAUAGCAGCUUGAAGUGGUUUGACAGUAUGGGUAGCAAUACUGGAAUGGAGAAGAACAUUUCUGAGUCUCCACUUGCCAAAACAUCUCAAGAUAGUCAGCCUUUGAAAGCACCAAGCAAUGAACCUUGUUGUGAAGAGAAAAACUAUUUAAGAGAAGCCAAGCAAGCCAAGGAGGGGGACUCAUUGGCAAGAAUAGCCCCAGGGAGUCCCUUUGGACAGACUAUGGUUUCUGGUCUUGAGAGGAAAAAGGCAGAAAAGCCUACCAGUUUCCCUUCAGGAAUUGGAAGCAAAGAUUCUGAUGCAGUGUAUCCUACCCUGUCCAACUUGGUGAUUACUGAAAGGGCAUCUAAGAAGUGGCAGAGAAGGAACAUAAAAAGUGUCCGUGGGUUUUGUACAAGUACUCCAGAUCCCAACCCUGGGGAAUCUCUGACUUCACUAUCUCCUCACCCAGCAGUUGUCCCGCAGUUUCCUGCAAGGGAUUCAAAUGCUUCCCCAUCUCACAGGGCAUCUUUAAUCCAUCAGAAGUUGGAAAUUCCAAACAGGAAACGAAGUAGAGACCAAACAAAGCUAGGAGCCGUGGCAGGAAGCUCUGACAAACCUGAAAUCCUUGAGAACUCAGGAGCUACUACUUCUAAAAUUGCUAAGUUUUUAUUUAGACAGAAGCCCAAACUUGCUAGUAGUUUUGGAAAUCAGGAUCAUGCCAAAUUGCCUGAGACUGUCUGCGGCCCUCAGAAGUCUACCAGAAAUGUAUCAAAAGGAGAAAGACCAAGGGAAGACUCUUCUGAAAAAAAGCAGAAGGAACAAAAUACGAAUGUAGGAAACAGCAGCAAGACGAAACAACCAUCUGAUAGCCAAAGGGAGGAGGAGGAAAAUAAAGGUUUAUCUCCAUCCAUUAAAAAUACUAUAAUGGCAGAAGAAAUAUUAGACAACCCAAAAACAAAGAAAGUGUGCUCCAGUACAUUAGCAAAGUUAGCGAUGUUCUCUUUCGUGCCACCUCUUGAAUCCACAUUAAACAGCCCAACCUCCUUUAAUGACAAAGAAAGGCAGAGACAGCCACUGAAGACUCACACUGAAAGCACAGGCCAUAUGAGGAAGACCUUUGAGCUGGGGAAAGUCAGCAGAGUACCAGGAAAAUCUUUGUUCUCCAUAACAGAUUUUGAUGAUUCAAUGCUAGACUUUGACUGGGAUGAAGAGAUUAAGAAAAAUCCAAAGUCUUAAUACAUAACUUAAUACAUAAGAGUGACUGACAUACAUGUUGCAGUGUAAAGUUUGUGCAAUUCUGCCAGAGAACUCUUGCGCAAGUGCAAAAACUGCACAAAUGCGGCUGCACAGCCCUAUGGCCAUUAUUUGCAACACCAUUUUCAAUUAUUUUAUGGUUCAACACUGCACAUUUAAUGUUCUGCAGUAUGUCAGCCAGUACUUCAAGAGUUUCAUUAUCAGUUUAAUACUGGCAAAAUGCUGUAAAUAAAAUCUAAUCUAAUCUUGCCUAAAACAAUAAAAUAAAAUUGAUCAUAGGAUACCAAUUGGCCUCUUUGCAAAUAUGGUAGCUCAGGUGCUGGUAGAGUUAGCGGCAGCAGGGGAGACGGGACUUCUCAGCCUUAAAAGCUUAGCUACCUAAAUGUGGUGCUUUUAGAUCACUCAGACUCUUGUCCUCAAGUAGAAUAAAUCUACUGAAGUUAGCAGAACUAUUAUGGAGGAUUAAUUUGAGAAAUGCACUCUUCAGUAGGUCAGAUACUCUUGUAGCAGACUUUUCAGGAUAUUAUUUAGCUGAGAUAUUGUGAGAUAAUGGUAAAAUUGUGAGAAAUAACCUUGAUGAUGAUGCAGCAUUUUAAAAAAUCUACUCCUUUGAUCACUGCACAUAAGCACCUGAUUCAACAGCUCCAAUUGUCUUUCUUCCAAAUUAAAACUGAAAAUCACUCUCUCUAAAUUGUUUCCAUACCCCCAAUCUUCUGUUAAAUGAUUGCUCUGUCAAUUUACUUAGGCUCAAUCCUCAUAUUAACUCAUACCAAACUGGUCCUAUUGCAGAAUAUGACUUUAAGCCAGGUGUUGCUGCUUCCCACCCCCCGCCAGCCAUUAUAAUAAUUAUUGUGUGUCAUAAGUAACAUAAACUUUUUAAAAAUCUGUUUCUGUGCAGCUUUUCAUUCAGAGAAUAUGAAUGAUCUGUGUCCGUGUAGUAAUGUAGUUUUCUUAGUUCAAAAUAUAUUAGCUACAGAAUUUUGUUUCUUUUCCUACUCUGGGCCUGUUACAGACCAGGCCUGACUUAUAUACUAAAUAUGCUCAUUAGCCAGUAUACAAAAUAGGUCUGGACCAAGUUCUUUUAUAUUAGUGACCAUGUGUGAUCUGGAUGCAUGGAAGAAGGAGAUCAAACCAAUCCUCAAAGAGUUCAAUGGGCUUUAUUGAGUAUAAAAGACUAAUCUAGCAAAGCAGAAAGCAGAACCCUCUAUCAAUAUUAGCAACAGUAUUUAAACAGAACAUCCUAACCAGUACCAAUAUUCACCCAUGUGCCUAACUAGCAUAUGUGUGCGCAAUUAAAUCUUCCUAGAGCCUAAUACAAUUAAGAUACA